GUGGCGUUGAAGGUGCGAGGUGAGCUUUCGUCCUGAUCAUCUUUUUGUGUUAUGAGGUUCGACGAUUAAACGUUCAUUUGACGUUGAUCCACUAAAUGCAAAAAGCCAUCUUGAUAUCUGUGUGAAGUUGGACACACAAGAAAGUAUUUUCAUUUGGAGUUCCACAAAAACAAACACCCAACAUGGGUGCAACGAAAGUGAUACAAGUCACCAAUGUGGCUCCAGGGGCAACGUUGGAACAAAUGAAGACGUUGUUCGGGUUUCUCGGGGACAUCGAAGAGAUUCAGCUAUUUCCACAGGAAGAUUCCAUAAUCCCGGUGACAUCACGUGUAUGUUUUGUGAAGUAUGAGGAUUCAACAUCUGUGGGUGUAGCCCAACACUUGACGAAUACAGUGUUUAUUGACAGGGCAUUAAUUGUUGUGCCAUGUGGAGAUGGUACAAUUCCUGAUGAAAGCAAAGCUUUGAUGAUAGCAGCCCCUGCCAAUGCAGUUGCUGGUCUGAUGCCAGCACCUGGAGGGGGUUUAUUACCGACACCAUCACAGUCAAUACUCGGACAGCUUCCACUGGCUGGAUUAGCGGGUGCAGCACAGAUUACAGCACCAUUUGAUCCAACACUUGCAGCUCUAGGUUUGCCGCAGCCACCACCGCUACCAGGAAAUGUUGAUCCUUCCAAGAUUGAAGAAAUACGUCGAACAAUCUAUGUCGGCAAUCUUGAUUCUCAGACUGUCACAGCAGAGCAGUUGUUAAAUUUCUUUUCACAAGUUGGAGAGGUUAAAUACGUACGCAUGGCUGGCGAUGAAACUCAACCCACCAGGUUUGCGUUUGUCGAAUUUAGUGAUCAGAAUUCUGUUGCUGCUGCACUGACUUACAAUGGAGUCAUGUUUGGUGGAAGGCCCCUUAAAAUCAACCAUUCCAACAAUGCCAUUGUCAAACCACAAACGAAGACGCCAGAAGCUGCCGCAAGAGAAAUGGAGGAAGCAAUGAAGCGUGUAAGAGACGCGCAAGCCCUGAUCCAAGCUGCCAUUGAUCCAGAGCUGGAUCUGAAGCCAGACUCAAGUAAUACUGUGUUUGAAACAGAUAUCGUACCCUUGAUCAAAAGUCGAACUCGCUCAAAAUCCAAAGAGAGACGCAAAAGGUCGCGCUCUCGUUCAAGACGAAGAUCUCGUUCACGAUCGAGACGAAGAUCUCGUUCACGGUCAAGAAAAAGGUCUAGGUCGAAGAUUCGCCGUUCUAGAUCCAGAACACCACCUCCAAAAAGACGUUCUCGUAGUCCUCGUCGUAGGAGGUCUCGCUCACCGAGUAGGCGCCGCUCAAGGUCAAGAUCAAGAGAUUAUAAAAAGUCGCGCACACCACCUCGGAGUUACCGAAGCCGCUACUCUAGAAGUAGAAGCAGCCCUGUUAAUGGUACAGGGAAUGAUAUCAAACGUCCUGUUGUUGGUACAGGGACAAAUAACAAACGGGAUCGUCGCAGACGAAGUCGUAGCCGUUCCAAACCGCGUAGAUCGAGAUCUCGAACCAGAAGAUCCCGAACACCUAAAAGGAAGGCAUCAAGAUCACCUAAGAGAAAGACAUCCAGAUCGCCAAAACGAAGAUCCAAAACUCCUAAACGAAGACCAUCCAGAUCACCAAAACGUAGAACUUCCAGAUCGCCAAAAUGCAGAACAUCAAAGUCGCCAAAAAAGAGAGCAUCUCGAUCGUCUUCAGGCUCCCCAAGGCGAAUGAAGCGCAAAAAGAAAGACAAAGAACGUGAUCGCAGCCGGGAACGAGAGAGAGAGCGUGACCGCGAGCGAGAAAGAAGCAGAAAACACAAAAAGGAUAAAGAACGUGAGAGAGAACGCAAAAAGAGUAAAUCUACAGAUAAAGAUGUAAAAGUUACUGUUGUACGAGAUUAUGACGAGGAAGAGAAAGGCUAUGAUAGUGACAAAGAGAAAGAACAAGAAAAUGGCUCUAAAGAUGAGCAGGAACCCGAAGACAUUCCCACCAGUGAUUAUGCAGAAAUAAAAGAAGAAAAAGAAAGUCCCCAAGAAAAUACUGAACAGAUGGACAUGGAUCUCAGCGAUUAAAUUGAUUCUGUGAAUAAAUUAAGGCGUCGCAUACCCGCCAUAUUGUGUUGACAUUGAUGAUCUCGUACAUUCCCAGAAACCAUUAGCCGUGUCACUUCUUUGGGGGGGGGGGGUGCUUUUUCCAAAUUCAGACACACUGUCUUAGUAAUUUUUUUUCUAGCCAGCAUGCUUUUUGUUUGCUGAGAACAUUUGAGUAACAGAUUUAAUACUGAAUAAGGAAUGAUUUUAAGCAACAAUAUGUUUUAGACCCAAAAUUUCCAAGUUUAGUUUGUCUCCUAGAACUAAAGUGGCACCAAAUCAAAGGUAAAUUUUUCAUGUUUGAUCCCAUAUUGUCAGAGAAUCUUAAAAACAUUUGCGAUAAAAGUUCAUUGCAACUCGUUAUUUUUGUUAGUCCCAUGUAUUAGAAUACAUGUAUAUCAUAUUGCUUUACUGGAAGCAUAUCUCUCAUAGAACCAAUAAUGUGCUGAAUGUGUUCAUCUUUUUUAGAAUAUCAUCAUCAGCUUUUGAAUAAAUGAUGAUUGAAGGAAUGAUAGAGACCUUAUAUGAGAAUGGCUGCCAAGAUCUCAUUAAGAAUACUGAAACUUUGUUUUUUCACUCUUGAAAGAAUUCAACGUACUGUAAUUUGUUACCUGGUCAAAUAUUCUAAAAUGAAGUUACUGUAUUUUUUUGUAGAAAUGCACUGUCGGUUAUUUGUUCAUCCCCAUCACAUCAAGAGCAGUGUCAAUUUUUUGUUGAGUGUCUCGAAAUAAAAAAAAAAUAAACUUUACAAA